AUGAUGCCCGCCUCUGUUGCUGCCCGCCGCGCCGCGCUGGCCCUGCGCAGCGCCCGGCCUAUGCCUAUGAGGAUGUUCAGUCAGUCUGUGCGUGCCCUGGAGGACUCGGCUGCGUCGCCGAAAAUCGCCGGCAUCGUAGACAGCAUCGAGAAGCUGACCCUGCUGGAAGCCGCGGAGCUCGUGCAGGAACUCAAGACGCGUCUGAACAUCACCGACAUUGCGAUGCCUGCUGCUGCGCCCGCCGCGCCGGCGGCGGCGCCGGCGGAGGAGGCGCCGGCGGAGGAGAAGCCGAAGGAGAAGACGCUCUUCACUCUCAAGUUUGUGGGUCUGGCGACUGACAGCGCCAAGGCCAAGGUCAUCAAGGAAGUCAAGGCUAUCAACACCAAUAUGAACCUGGUCGAGGCGAAGAAGUUCGUCGAGUCCGCGCCACAGACCCUCAAGGAGAACGUCACAAAGGAGGACGCGGAGAAGAUCAAGGAGGCCGUCGAGAAGGCCGGCGGCAAGAUCGAGCUGGCCUAG